CCGGAAGCUUUUUCUCUCGCUCACUCACGACAGCGGAAGAUCAGUUCUGUAUAAAAGGGACACAUCUCAAAUCAAUCGUCAGUAUUUUGCAGCUUGCAGUAAAGUAUUCAGUCAAGAUGAGAACCGCCAGUGUCACCCUUUUCGUUGUCGUCGUCGCUUUGGGCCUCAGCGCCUGUCUUGGAGAUGACUUCUAUGAUGACGACUACUACGGCAACACCGGAUAUGUGAUGGGUAGCUAUCCCUCAUACGGAGGAAUGUCAUACGGAGGAAUGUCGCACGGAGGUGGAUACGGAAGCGGAUACGGAAGUGGAUACGGAAAGGGGUACGGAAAGGGAUACGGAAAGGGAUACACAAAUGUCGAGACUGUUGUCCGCGCCCCCUACGUCGCCCCUAUGUACCUCCCACCCCCACCCAUGGCCCCUGCUGCUGCCGCUGGAGGUUUUGGUGAUGGUGGUAUUUUCGGAGCAGGAAACAGCUGGCUCCUCCUGCUUUUGUUGCUCCCAUUCCUGCUCAGCAACUCCAACGGAGGUCUCCUCGGAUAAAUUUCUGUCUAACUAGUUGUUUCAGUGUCAAAAACUACAAUAUAUAUGUCGCGCAAUAUCAAGUUAUGUUUGGUCGGUCUGUGGAAAUCCAUAUAUUUCAUGUCGCAUUCUGCUGUAUAUAUUCAUAAUUUAUUAAUAAAACAUGUAUAAUUAAA